AUGAAAAAGUAUUGUGCAGAGGGAAGCAAGUUUAAUCAAGUCCUUGUUGCGCUACUGAUGGUGCUCCCAGUCUUCUCGUAUGGCACAGCAAUCGGUUGGAUCUCGCCCAUGGGUCAGAAGCUGAUGUCUGAGGACUCACCGGCCGCAGAGCCAGUGCACGAAGACACGAUCUCCUGGAUGGCCUCCGUCGCCUACCUAGUUGGAACACCUACCGUAUUCCUGUUUGGCUAUGUUGUUGAUAAUUUUGGACGGAAGAAGGCUCUGAUGUUGACUUCUUUCGCUAUGGCUUUAUGCUGGAGCCUGAAGCUGUACUCAACCGAAACAUGGGCACUAAUAACAGCUCGAGCGAUCGUCGGGGUCGGUGUCAGUGGUUCAUACGUAGUCACUCCUUUAUACAUCAAAGAAAUUAGCGAAGAUUCCAUUAGAGGAACCCUAGGCAGCUUGGUAGUGCUAUCGCAGAAUCUGGGCAACUUGAUGGCAUAUAUAUUGGGCGAGUACCUGAGUUACCAUGCCAUGUUGUGGGUGUGUUUGACUGUACCAAUUCUGCACCUGAUUCUCUUCACUACGAUGCCUGAAACGCCUUCAUACUUGUUGAAGUGCGGUAAGGUGGAGGAAGCUCGUGAUGCGUUGGCCUGGCUGCGGUGCAGAGACAGCUCCGAGCCUUCCGUAGACAGUGAACUGCAAAUACUGCUUCUUGAACUAGAACAGAGCAAGUCUGGACAGUUCGCCAAUGCUAUCAGAACAUUGAUUACGGACCAGAACACCUGUCGUGCCUUCCGGAUCACUCUGAUCAUCAUUAUUGCUCGGGAGUUGUGUGGGUGCCUAGCUGUGCUCCACUUCGCUUCGCUCAUCUUCAGUAAAGCAAGCGCGGGUGGUUGGGUGUUGACGGCCAAUCAGCAAGCGGCUGUAUUGGGCAUGGUACAAAUAGUGGGCUCUUUUACUGCAAGUGGAUUAGUGGAAAGAACCGGUAGAAAGCCUCUCCUCGGUAUGACUUGCCUGGUCUCUGGUAUCGCGAUGACAGCUUUGGGUUCGUGGUUCUACGCCCACUCGGACGGCUCGACUGGUUCCUCCUGGAUUCCCAUCGUAGCGCUGUGCCUCUGCAUAUAUUGUGACGCGGCUGGACUUCAGCCCGUACCCUUCGUUAUAAUGUCCGAGAUGUUCACCUUCCAGGUCCGUGGCACAGUGACAGCGAUAGUGAUUGCAACCGCUUGCGCUCUAGUCUCUAUCCAGCUUCGAGUGUUUCAACCGAUCGCAGCCUCAGUAGGACUGUACUUAAUUUUCUGGCUGUUUGCCGCUGUGUGCCUGGUCAGUACCGUGUACAUAGCGCUUGUCGUGCCAGAGACGAAAAUGAAGACCCUGGAUGAAAUCUACGCGGAGAUCGGAGGCAAGAACACUAAGAGUAAAGAAAUAGAUUGUGAGGCUGAUGUUACCAAACUGUAA